AUGACCCAAGAUCCGGUGGCGGACGACUACGCUACGUUUUGGGCGAUGAUAUUCCAGGAACGGGUUACUUGCAUUUUGAUGAUAGAAGACAAGCACGACCGUGAGCGGAAGGACCAGGAGCAGGGGCCUACCAGGGCCAAGUACUACCCGGAAACGGAAGGCGAAAAGAAGCAGAUUGGACGCCACAAGGUUGAGAACCAGCUGACCGGAAAGUUCAUGUUCGAGCAUUGGGUGACUGCGCUUUCCGUCAGCGCCCGUCACCUCGUGGUGACCAAAGACGGAGAUCCGGCUCCUCUCGCAGUCACCCAUCUCCUCAUCGAUGGCUGGCCGAUUCUUACCAGGGAGAGCAAACCGAAGCUCACUCUUUCCCUGUGUGAGCUGCUCAUCUACUUGGAAGACGUGAAGACCAUUCUCAUCCAUGACGACGACGGGGCGAACAGGGCCGGCGUGGUGGUGCUGCUCAAAAUGCUGAUGGACGUGAUCGACAUAGAUCCCGUCAAGAUUUGGGACGGUGCCAUGAUGACGGGGAAGCUCAGAACGUUACGUUCGCAACGUGCCAGAUGCAUCGGGAGUUGCGGGCAGUUCCAAUUUUGCUGCUCCUCCCUCAAGUACUACCACCUGCACCGUUACGAGGACAACGAGCGGCUUCAGUCUUGGUGGCCCGUCGGUUUUCACGCAGCGUUUGGACUCGGUCCUUUUAGCGGAUUCGAUGAAGAGUUCUCUGCUCGCUGCCCGCAACGACCU